AUGGAUCCGGUCAACUUCGAUAUAAAUGAGGCGCUCAUGCACUACAUGAGUGACCCGGCAAGUAUCGCUACUCCCGAAGCCGACGGCGCCUUAGUCGAUUGCGAGUCCGAUCCCGAAUCGCUAUCCAACAUCUCGCUUCUUAACUCGGUCUUGAACCCUAUCGUCGAUGCUGUCGCCGGAAAUCCCGACGCUAUCAUGCGCAGCGCUUAUUUUGACUCGCUGCAAUUCCUUCUCAAGUGUGCACCCACUUCCAUUGCUCCCCCUGAUAAUCUCCAGUCUUCACAGUCUUCCGUCUCGAGAUCGCGAGAACCUAUUUCUAAGCUUUUCCUGCAAUCCAGAUAUACGCAAUUCCUGCCCACUCACGCCCUAAGCAAGAUAUUCGACCUUAUUAUGAGCGGCCUAGCAGCCGAAGCUGAUACUAUCAACCACGACCUCGAAAAUCCCGACGAGCAGGAGAUAAUCGCCCAUCACAAAUCUCUACUCGAAAUAUACGGCUUCCUAUUACAAUGGACGAUCGCCUGCGUCGAGACGAAAGCCGCCGAAAAGUCUUCUACAGCCCCCGUAUCGCGCGCCAGAGGUAAAGGCGCCAAGUCCAAGACUACGAACAAAGAUAAGGACGGCACUUGGGAUAGCGUAGCCCAGCUUCAGUCGGCAUUGGAUGUUAUGUCCAAAGUUCUUAAGUUGAAACUGGGCAAGAUAUUCCUAACGACUAGCGAGCGCGAUAACUUCAUAGGCCUUCUCACUAGGCCCGUCUAUCUGGUCUUAGAGAGCGAGCAGAGAGUCAAGAAUACAGCCAUAAAAAUGCAUGCCUUCAAGGUUCUUUGCAUUGCCGUAAAACAUCACGGCCACGGCUACGCGGCGCAAAUAUCCAUCGUCCAGAAUCUAACGUACUUCGAACAUCUAUCCGAGCCGAUGGCCGAGUUUCUACAUAUAUUAGCUGAACAAUACGACUACCCGCAGUUGGCUGAUGAGAUCCUAAGAGAAAUCAGCAAUAAAGAAUUUAAUACCAAUGAUACAAAGGGUCCGAAGUCGGUUUCCUCGUUCAUUGUCAAGCUCUCCGAGCUUAUUCCCCGCCUAGUGAUCAAACAGAUGACGAUGCUAGCUAAACAAUUAGACAGCGAGUCGUAUACCCUGCGAUGCUCGCUGAUCGAGGUUUGCGGUAACAUGAUCGCACAUCUAACUACGCAGGAAGAGCGUAGCGAGAAUCACAAAUCUCAGAUCAAUGCUUUCUUCGACGUGUUGGAGGAGCGUUUCCUAGAUAUCAAUCCCUACUGCAGGUGCAGAGCUAUGCAAGUCUAUACGAGGCUCUGCGAACUUGAACAGAAGUUCCCUAAGCGUAGGCAAAAGGCCGCCGAACUUGCCUGCAGAAGUCUCGAGGACAAGAGCAGUCACGUCAGGAGAAAUGCGAUAAAACUUCUCGGGACUUUGAUCAAAACCCACCCUUUUACUGUGCUACAUGGAGCUCAGCUCUCUCGCAAGGAUUGGCAGGAAAGGCUUGAGAAGGUCGAUGCCCAGCUGGACGCUUUGAAGCCGCCAGCUGGUGAGCCUGGCUUAGGAGAAGACAAAGCUAACGCUACGGCGUUAGUAGAUGAGCCGACUCAGAUAGAAUCACCUCAGAAACCCAGAGAGAUGACCGAUGAGGAAAAGGUGGCGGCAGUUCAGAAAGCUCAGGAAGACGCCGCCACGUCGGAGGCCAUCGAGAAGCUGACUUUGACAAAGCGAUAUUACAUCGAUGCCCUUAAGUUUAUCGAAGUUUUACACGAGGCUACCUCCACUGUUUGUCAGCUUCUCGGAUCCAAGAAUAAGUCCGAAGUUAUCGAAGCAAUGGACUAUCUAGAAAUCGGAAAUGCGUACAACAUUGAAGACAAUAUGGUUGGAAUUCGACGGAUGAUGCGCCUUAUCUGGACGAAGGGCAACAGUGACGAGGGUAAAGGUGUACAGUCUCAUCUCAUCGACUGCUACAGGCGACUAUUUUUCGAAGCACCGGAUAGCUUUAGUCCGAACGAUGCUGCUAUCUAUAUCGCGAGGAAUAUGAUCAGUCUCACGUCAGGUACUACGCCGGCCGAAUUGACUAGUCUAGAGCAACUCAUCGCAACCAUGAUGAAGGGCGGUAUGAUCUCCGACCGAGUAGUAACGAAAUUGUGGGAGGUAUACGGCUUUCACAAGAGAGAAAUAUCUCGAUCUCAGCGAAGAGGUGCUAUCAUCGUAUUAGGCAUGCUUGCUACUGCGUCGCCGGAGAUUGUCGUCGGCGAAAUGGAAACGAUGCUACGAACUGGGCUUGGGUCGCACGGUCGAGCCGACCUCCAAUUAGCCAAGUAUACGUGCAUUGCUCUGCAAAGACUUAACCCUACAGGCCGACAAGCCAAGGAUUCGACAGUCAAGUUCAGUCGCCUUCCAAACGAGCAUGCCGUACUAGCAAGACUAGCAGCAAUUACCGAGGUGCCAAGCGAUAGCAAGGAGUGGUUUGGAGUUGCUGAACAGGCCAUCAACGCAAUCUACACUCUCGCUAAACACCCCGAUACGCUAUGUUCCGAGAUAAUUAGACGCAGGACUAAGGUCGUGUUUUCUGCACAACAGAAAUCGCCUUCUACAUCUCGUCCGGGGUCGAGAGAUCAAGAUUUCACUGUCACUGCUACUGUUGACCAAGGCAUCACCAUGGGCCUCGACGCUCCAACUCAGACCGUCAACCGGCUAACUUCAGAGCCACCGGCCGAACCCAAACAGAAGGCGGCGAUUGCGCUAUCUCAACUUCUUUUCAUAGUUGGCCACGUAGCCAUCAAACAGAUCGUCCAUCUUGAACUCUGCGAGCUCGAUUUCAAGCGACGGAAGCAAGAGAAGGAGAAGGAUUCCGCUGCUAAACCCGCCGCCCCACGGCCAUCCGUAGGCCGAAAGGGCAAGACGCCUGCCCCUGCUGUGGAGGAGGAAGGCGACGAGCUAGACCUGAUCGGUGGCACGACAGAAGAUGAUUUCACGGAGGCUAUGGCGCAUAUACGUGAGCAGGAGCUUUUGUUCGGACCGCAGUCUUUGCUAUCCAGCUUCGGCCCAUUGGUAGCCGAGAUCUGUUCACGCAGCGACAUAUAUAGAGAUAAAGGUUUACAAGCUGCUGCAACGCUCUGUCUGGCGAAGCUUAUGUGCGUCAGUAGCGAGUACUGUGAAGCUCACCUUCCGCUACUCAUCACCAUCAUGGAGCGGUCGCCGGAUGCGACAGUGCGGUCGAACGUAGUCAUCGCGCUCGGCGACAUGGCCGUCUGUUUUAAUCACCUCAUUGAUGAAAACACAGACUUCUUAUACCGACGGCUGGCUGACCGAGACCUAUCUGUCAAGCGCACAUGCUUGAUGACGCUGACAUUCUUAAUUCUUGCGGGACAGGUCAAGGUGAAGGGACAGCUGGGCGAGAUGGCUAAAUGCUUAGAAGACGAAGAUAAGCGAAUCGCCGAUUUGGCUCGUAUGUUCUUCACAGAGUUAAGCACUAAGGAUAACGCGGUGUAUAAUCACUUCGUAGAUAUGUUCAGUCUGUUGUCUGCGGAUCGCCGGAUGGAACCAGAACCAUUCCGACGGAUUGUUAAGUUCUUGUUAGGAUUUGUCGAGAAGGACAAACACGCAAAACAGCUUGCAGAGAAACUGGCUGCUCGUCUUCCGCGCUGCGAAACGGAACGACAGUGGAGCGAUGUUGCGUUCGCACUGGGAUUGCUCCAACAUAAAAAUGAGGAUAUCACGAAGGUGGUUAGCGAAGGUUUCAAGGUGGUACAUGCUUCUGCUUAA